UGGAUACAAAGGAAACAACUUUCUGCAUGACGGAAGCCAAGGAUGGUCUCUUUACUCACGACUCUAUGCAUAUGUUAUCGAGGACUAUCCAAGGAACGUAUAUUAGUGAGGGAGGAGGUUUCGACUAUGACCAGUCUUGGAUUUGUGCAAUGUGUAACCUUCCCUCGCUGCAGAGAAGACACGUGGCCAUAGCUCGAUUGAAGACUCCAGCAAACAUGGGCCGUACGUCUCACGAGGUUCGCUUCUUUAUUUUAGUCUUGACACCAAGCAAGGAGAAAGGAACAAAGAACGCUCUUGAGACCGGAAGGACAUUCUCCACCAUAUUUGCCGACAUGGACUUCCGGCAACGUCUUCUAGAGGUGCAUAGUGAAGAUGAGUUUAACAGUAUCUUGUUAAAACAUGCCCAGGAUCUGGCAAUUGAACAGAGUAGUCCAAAUAAACGCCUUGGAAAUAAUGAAAACGAAGUUGAUUAUGAGUCCAGCCGCAAAUGUUGGUGUGCCAAAGGAUUAUGGGAUGAUAUUCGCAGAAGAGCUUCUCAUUAUAUCAGUGAUUUCACGGAUGGAGUCAAAGGUCGUAAGACAGUCCACAAGACAGUGUCCACUACGUUCUUCCUGUACUUUGCUUGUAUUCUUCCGACGAUUGCUUUUGGAGCUCUCAAUGAUAACAACACCAACGGAAAAAUUGAUGUUAGAAAGAGUAUAAUUGGUCAAACACUUGGAGGUUUGCUCUUUGCCCUUCUUGGUGGACAACCGUUAGUUAUCAUAAUGACCACAGCGCCACUGGCACUGUACAUUAAAGUCAUAUACAGCAUAUGCGAAGAUUUCCAUUUAAAUUUCUACGCCAUGUACGCAUGUGUGGGUCUGUGGAAUACCUUCUUUUUGAUAAUAUACGCCCUAUGUGACGCCAGCAAGCUUAUGACUUUUUCCACCAGGUCAACCGAAGAGAUAUUUGCCUUGUUCAUAAGUAUUGCUUUCUGUGUUGAUGCAGGCAGAGAUGUGUAUAAAAACUUUCAGAAGUAUUACUACGCACCAGCGUGUAUCGAACAAGAACCUUCCCUUUCUCAACUCUCGGACUGGCUGGGUAACUCCACCAAUAAGAGCUCUCAGGCAUUAAUGACGUUGCCAGACUGUAAGCGAGAGAAUAGUCUUUUGUUUUUGUUGCUGAUGUUUGGUACUGUCUGGCUAGCAGUGUCACUGUAUAACUUCAAUAAAACACCUUACCUGCAGGCAAGUAAGCGGGAAAUGCUAGCAGACUACGCCUUACCAGUAGCUGUAAUAUCCUUAAGCUUCGUCGGCUCCUUCGUCUUCCAGGAUAUCCAAACUGAACAUUUUCACUACAGUAAUAGCAUCAGUUUCACUAGAGGGCGUGUUGAGGAGCUUUCUUGGACGGCCGCUGCGGCUGCGAUGGGCUUGGGUUUCGCAUUGUCUCUCUUGUUUUUCAUGGACCAGAAUAUCUCGGCUGCCAUGGUGAACAACCCCUGCAAUAAGUUGAAGAAAGGCCCGGGUUACCACCUGGACCUCUUUGUGGUGGGUAUAUUAAACGGGUUUCUUUCCUUGUUCGGGCUUCCGUGGAUGCAUGGCGUUUUACCACACUCACCACUUCAUGUUCGAAGUUUAGCAGACGUCGAGGAACGUGUUGAACAAGGACACAUCUACGAGAUAAUUGUCAAAGUCAGAGAAACACGGCUGACUGGUAUUGCAUCUCACAUCCUGAUUGGUUUGUCAAUGUUCUUACUACCAUACCCACUAGGUUACAUUCCAACUGCUGUUCUGAAUGGACUUUUCCUCUACAUGGCUGUAACUUCACUGAAUGGCAACCAGAUGUUUGAAAGAAUUACUCUGCUCUUCACAGAGCAGACUGCCUACCCACCCAAUCAUUACAUCAGACGCUGCCCACAACGAAAGAUUCAUGUAUUUACCUUAUGCCAAGUUAUUCAACUGGCCGCUAUGUGUUUCUUUGGUUUCUCGCCAUGGCCCUAUGUAAAGAUGGUCUUCCCUAUCAUCAUACUUCUACUUUUACCUAUUAGACAUAAGGUGAUACCAUAUGCUAUCCAGGAAAAGUUUCUGGAAGCUCUGGAUGGUGAGCAUCAGUAACUCCAAGACAGAACUGCAAUAAUUCAUGAAAGAAACACUCCAGGUGGGUGGGGUGCAAUAAACUGAUGCACUGUGUUCAGCACUCAUUCCAUGAACCUUUCCUGCUCAAAUAUGAAAGAAAAAAAUGCGUCCUAGAGAUUGUACAUAGAUGUUUGUACAGACAAACAAAGAAAAAUUAACCAAACACAUCGAAAGACCCCCCCAGGUUGUUGUGUUUAUUUCAUUUUUAUCCAUUCAUCAGUAUCAGCCUAUCAACGUUACUUGGAAAAAAAAAAUGUUGGGGUGUAUAGAAACUAUGUUAAUGUGUAUGUACUAUAUGCAUAAGGAAUAUACCUGCAGAGGUGACUACUACAUAUAUAAAAGUAUGGUUGAGGUUUUACAGUAAAUUGCAUCUCCAUAUACAUAGGUGGUGCCUUCUCUCUUUAAGAUAAAGUUGUAUGGUUUGAUAAAAUAGAAUGACUGACUGAAACUGAUCACUACUAAUAACAACCAUACCAUAUGCAUAUGGACGUACAUAUUAGCAUGUUAAAGCAUGUUUAUUUUACAUAGGCCUCACUGUCCCCAAAAUAUUAAUAGUUAGUUGUUAUGUAACAAGGAAGAUUCAAAAAAUUGCAAUCAGCUCUAAAUCUGGUCACUAGAGGGCCAUUCUUAUUGUGAGGAUCUGUCUCUAUGUCUUUUCUGGUAUCAAUGUUCUAAAGCUGCUGAGUUCUAUUAUUAAUAGCAUUAGUUGUAGUUAAUGUUUAUUUCAUAGGCCUUGUUGUAACUUGUUCUUGUUAUAAUAGUUGAAAGAUGAGAUUAAUGUCAAUUGUUUGAUAGUUCUAUUUGUCUGAAUCUUGAUAGUUAUAGUCAAUUUACUGUUAGUAAGUGCUGAAAAUAAUAGUUUAAGCCAAAGAUUGAACCUAUGCAAGGUAUCUUUGUUAAUUCAAAAUUUGUCAUUUUAGCUUUGAGUUUAAAUAGAAGAACUGUAAGCUUACUAACCAUACAGAAAAUCUUGCAAGUAACUGUUCUUAUUUUAAAACAACAACCAAAACAGGUUGUUCAGGUACUCAUUGAAAUAGUAAAAUUAUUAGUACUUAAGCUAGUCAUCUAAAUAAGCUCCAAGAAACAGGUGUAAAGUUUCUUGUAAAAAAAAAACUAGUCUCCUCCAUGCACUAGACAUAGUGGUGGAGAAACUCUUGUCAUAUCCACAUUGUGAACUCAUCCAUUUUAUGGAAUGGUUGUCCAUUCAACCAAAUGGUUUUACAUUACAUAAUAGCUUUAAACUUCACAAUCUGUAAUGUAUAAACAAUCCUGUUAUAUUUAUAUUCUUUUGAGGUUAUUCUUUGUUGUUUCUAUCAGUGAGAAUCAGGUAUACUCCAACUGGAUCUUUACAACUUAAGGAACAACUUUCAAAAAAUAGGAAAAUAAACAUCAUUUUUUCAGGUCCUGCAGGCAUUCCAAAACUAAACAAAAAACAUGUAAAUCGCAAAUUCUAAGCAAAGAAAAAUCAAGCAACAGGCUCUUUAUAUAUACAUAGCCUUCACUGUAUCAAAAUAAACCUUUCAAAUUUAUUUUAACCUCUUUUAUAUUUAUGAAGGUGUUUAGUUCUGAAUUGUUGAAGCUUUGAUUUCAUAGCAGUACAAUUGUACCAUUUGAACUAGAAGACUGACACUGUGUAACUAGAUGGUAGUUGUGAUCUAAGUAAAUAUAUACUGUGAUUUAGGCAUAACCUAUAUACCAAUAUUUGCUGAGUACGUAGUUUGAGCUUUAAGUAUGUAUUUUAUAUUAUUUGUAGAUAUAAAGAUAUGUGUAAAGCCUAAAAGUUGAAUUCAAGCCAUAAUUGUUUUUGUUAUGACUGUUAUCAGCUAGUUAAGAGAUUUAUGUAAUAUGGUGUUAUGAAAGAAAAUUUUACAUCUUCAGAAAUGAAUAAAAAAUGAAGUCAGAGAAAGAAUACUAUUAUAUAUAUAUAUAUGGAUGGGGGAGUGUUUUUUUAUCUGUUAUAUUAUCAUUAUAUAGGUAACUUUAAAUUCAAUGCUUACAGGAGGAAUAGAUUUAUUAAGUAUGUUCUAUAUCUAUAUACAUAUAUAUGUAUAUAUGUUACUGUAGAUGAGUGACUGUUAUACAUUAUGUCUGACAUAAAGCGAUUCUUCAAAAAAAAAAGAAACGCUAUUAUAUGACCCAUAUAAAUUAUGUACAUGACAAAAAAUGCUUACGGGUGUUAUUUUAAAGUAGUACAAAAUAAUACUUAGCAGUUGUUAUUAAGUAGGAACAAACCAGUCCCAUUUAUUAGAUGGGCCAUUAAGUAUGGUUUGAAUAAUAAUAUUGUGAUUCGACUACAUUCCAUUGUAUAAUGUACAAUAUUGGGGUGAGUCACACAGAAUCAUUGUAAACAAGGGAAAUAAAAAUGCUAUUGAAAUUC